AUGUCCGCCUUCCUCCGCAAACUCACGGGGGGUAACCUCGAAGUCUUCAAGUUCGGCACGUACAUCAUCUUCCCCAUCGGCUGGAUGUACUACUUCGGCACGAACCUCGACGACCGGUUCAGCGUGCCGGGCUUCUGGCCCACAGCCGAACAAUCGCACAAGAUCCCCCUGGACAAAGAAGAAAUCGACCGCGAGCUGGCGCGCAUGCGCAUGGUGGAUGCUGUUAAGCGCGAGAAGCGACAGCGGGAGGCUGCGGCGUUGGAGGCUCAGGCUCAGGCUCAGGCUCAGACACAGGCUGAGUCCGUGAAGGCGGAGUAA